CGAUUUUGGGAAAACAGCCUGCCCGGGCGGCAACGUCUCCUGCCCGGAACUAUCGAGGCGCCUCGUGCGCCGCAGCACGGGCCUCUUUCGCGGCGGCACCGGGCGGCGCUGCGGUCGCCAUGCCGAAAUUACUAAAAAACAAAGGAGGAAAGCAAGAGAAAAAAGUCGUCCAUCCUUAUAGCAGAAAAGCUGCCCAGCUUGCAAGGGAAGCACACAAGCAGGAAAAGAAAGAAAAGUUGAAGACUGAAAAAGCUCUACGUCUGAGUAUCAUUGGAGAAAAGUUACAGUGGUUUCAAAGUCACCUUGACCCCAGUAAGACUGAAUACACGAAGAAGGAUGUUGGUGAACUAAUUGAAAAUUACAUGGGUCGAUUUAACGCGGAGUUGGAGCAGAUAGAGCUGCAGAACAGCAUUAAAGGCAGACAAGGAAGGCAGCACGGCUCUCGGGAAGCAGUCAUCAGGCAGACCAUGGAACGGGAAAGGCAGCUCUACGACGGCUAUGGAAUAGAAAUCCCAGACCUUGUCAACACCAAGCACCUCAGGCUUUUCAGAGAAUGGGAUGGUGACCUGAAGAAACUGCCAAACAUUAAAAUGAGGAAGUUCUCGGCUAAGGAUGCUGCUUGCAGCCACCCGGAGGUGGCAGAUGUGGAAUCUAAAGAAGAACUGAGUAAAGCAGAAGACAUGGCUUAAUGGGCGCCAGCGGAUUCAAAGCAGCUGAGGGAACUGUAAGGAACCUAUUUUA